GCCGCUUGCGCAGCGGCUCGUCGGAGGCGAGAAGCUUCAGCCAGCGCCUUUCUCCUCCUACUGCCUCUGCGCCGUUGGCGUAGCAUGUCCCAAGAUGGCGUCGCGGUCGUCGUCGUUGGCGGCGGUGGCCGGAGCGCUGGCGGCAGCUGGGGAGCCGACGUGGGAAGAGCUGAGAGGGGGAGCGAGGCGGCGGACGGCGGGUGGUAGCAUUAGGAGCGAGUAGCGGCUGCGGAGAGGGUUUCCCCCUCCCUCUCGGCUGGUGUGUGAGGCAGAGACUCUCCGGGAUAGCGGGUCCGCGCGCCUCCUUCCCCCACCCCCCACCCCGCGGUUGGGAGAUCCCGACCUUCUCCCGCGCGGAGCCGACACCAGUCCCUCGCCUGCCUCCCUAGUGGGUGCUCCCACCCCUUCUCCCGAGCGGAGGAUGAUGAAGCUCAAGUCCAACCAGACUCGCACCUACGACGGGGACGGAUACAAGAAACGGGCGGCUUGCCUCUGCUUCCGCAACGAGAGCGAGGAAGAGGUGCUGUUAGUGAGCAGUAGUCGUCAUCCAGAUAGAUGGAUUGUCCCAGGUGGUGGUAUGGAGCCUGAAGAGGAGCCUAGUGUGGCUGCAGUGCGGGAAGUUUGUGAAGAGGCUGGAGUGAAAGGGACAUUAGGAAGAUUAGUAGGAAUUUUUGAGAACCAGGACAGAAAACACAGAACAUAUGUUUACGUACUUAUUGUCACAGAAGUAUUGGAAGACUGGGAGGACUCUGUGAAUAUCGGAAGGAAACGGAAAUGGUUUCAGAUAGAUGACGCCAUAAAAGUUCUGCAGUAUCACAAACCUGUGCAGGCUUCAUAUUUUGAAACCUUGAGGCAAGGCUAUUUGGCUAACAAUGGCACUCCUGUUGUGACCACAUCAUUCUCAAAGGAGAGUGAACUGUCCGACAUCAGAUGACUGAAGAUGGCCUUUUGAGAGAAACAGAUUUUGAAAAGUAGACUGAAACUUGGAUUUCCUUUUCUCCCCUCUUCUUGCCUCUUUCACAUGCUUCCUCUUGUCAGACACGACAUCAGCGGCAGCCUUUGGCAGAGCAAAUAUUUGAGUGUUGCAUUCUAGUGCAAAGUGGGGUUUUCUUGCUUUUUCUUGGAUAUGUAUUUUGUAAAACACAUAUUGUGCAUGAAGUGCCCCUUCCCUAUUAACACAGUUUUGACAACCUGAAAGUCAAGGCUACUAGCUUCACCUCUGCCUUGUCUUCUGAAAUGCCCCUAUGUAUGUUGUCCCAGCCAUAGCUAGGCCUCUUUAUCCUUUCUUUAAAGAAGGCUGAAAUGUGAGCUCAGUUCUUUUAAGUCUUAGAUUUUGUACAGUAAGGUGCUGUUGAGAUCUGUGUGGUGGUCACUUUCUCAGCGCAUGUGUGUAACCUUUUUUUAGAUGGAGAAGCCUAACACUUUGAUUUUGUGGGAUUUAUUAUUUUUUUAAAUGAGCUGCUUCUGUAAAGGAGGGCUUCAUAAUCUUGUUUGCCUUUUGUUUUUUUAAAGAAACUUAUUUUGUGACAGUGCUAGUGGCUGGGCCGGUUUGACUCCCUGAACCCCACUCCCUUGCCCAAAUUUAGAACAGUGACACUUAGAGGAGGCGGCCAAGUUACAAUACCCUGCGAGGCAUUCUUGGUGCUCCGUUCUUUCUACAGGUUCAGUCAAUAUGUUGAUCAUCUUAACAAUGAACAGAAACGCAAGGAAUUGGUCACCACUCACCCAACAGCAUACGGCCUCAGAAACUAAAUGAAUUCCAGCCUCAAUAAAUAGGAAUCAGGGAUUCAAAACGAGUUUAAAAACUAGUGAACUGAAGCAUCGAGCCACCGAUGCUUUCUGCUGGUGUGGAAUUCUUUCUCUUCCUGCUGCAUACUGCUGAUAUCUCUUCUUGUCCACAUGCCUUACACCCUACUAAACUGGAUGUUGUAAUUUGUGCUACAACAUUGGAUUGUACUUUUGAGUGUCACUGCAUGGUGGGACAGUUGCAUUAUGUCCCUGAAAAGAAGUCACAGGGAAAAGCUUCAGGUGUUCAAUCUCCUUUGCAGCAUUGCAGCACUUGUAAAUGCACCACGGAGCAUGCUCAAAUGUAAACUUUAUCCCUCAGUGGCAAAGGUACAACUGGCUCCCAAGCAGAAAUGCUGAUGUGGAGAACUGUGUCAUUUAAUAGGAUACCUAGCCUGAUGCAUUGGCACAUGUCACAUGUUUGUUUCUAUUGUAUGUUUCAUGCUGUCUUGAUUUGCCAACAGUGUUGUCUAGUUGGGAGAUUUUGGAAAGGGUUGUGGGAGGGGGUGGGCCUGGGGAAGGUUUGGGGAGGGGCAUUAGUUAAUCCCUGGCUUGGGACAGGACCUAGUUGCUGUAUUUGGUGACUUCUUCUUUGUCAGAUUAUAGCCAAGAUGUGAAAUUAAACCUGCAGUACUCUUAUUUAAUUUAUCAUUAUCUCUUCCCAUUAUAUACUUAACAACAUAAAAAAUAUAUGAAAUAGUCAUGCAGCAUGAAGUAAAAGUAUACUUUCUACUUUGGAAAGUUGCUGUCAAAUUUGAGAUACAAUUCUGUUUAUUUGCUUGAGUUCCCUAUUUUUAGUGAAUGGGAUAGCAUUCCAUAGUGUGGGAUCACAAUGGCAAAAGGGAAGCCAGUGAUCACUAAUGCCAAAAGUUUUUACACAGGAGAAGGCUGAGAGGCAUUAUUCAAUGAGUGGCUUAAACGUGAAUGUCUAGAAAAAAUCUGAAAUUAUGCUGCGCCACUUCGCUGCCCUUCAUCUUAAAAAACAAAACAAUAAAAAUUUAAUUCAAAGGGCUUGACUAGUGUCUUGAAGUGUACAAUAUAAUUUCUCGUACUACGCUAUAUGUGGCACUUUCCAAUAUAGCAAACUGUUGCCUUCAGCUAAGGCAUUUUGUGUCUCAUUGAAUAGAUUAGGCAUGAAAGAUUGAAAGAGAACUGAGAUGCCUGUAAGGGUGACUGCAGUUUUAAUAUCUACAGCAUGCACACUUUUAUAAAAUAAUAAAAAACACUCUAAAAUGUUUUUAUAGGGCUGUUAAACUGACAGUUUAGAAUAGAAUAUCGUUAAUGAUUUGCUAACAGCAUUUUUUUUUGGGGGGGGGUGUCCAGGAAAAAUAAAUUGUGCCAAGAAAGUAGUUUAAUGUGGGAUGGAUUUAUGCUGUUAAUUCAACUGCAGUGAGUGGCUGAUGUUUGCCUUCUUAACUGGAAAUGGAAGAUGCAGCUCCUGAGGUUCAAAUAGUCUGGAAUUCUUCACCAGUUGUGUAUUUUAACCCAGUCCUUGCUCCAGCUUAUUAAGCCUCACCUUUUCACCUUCUAUUAAUGCACUAUAGAGAUAAGUCUACAGCUUUCCCAGUAUCUCAGGGUAUUCUGUAAUUAACAAUUCAUGAAACUUCCUUAGCAAGAUAAAUGAAAAUGUCACCACAUCAACUCACCUUUUCCGAGCAUUUCUAAUUACACUGGAACAUUCUGCAUUGGCAAACAAUGCAUCUAACAUAGGGUAAGUUAUGGGGUGUUUAGAUUCAAGCACAACAGUACUAAGAAGGUAGACUGAUCCUCCGUUAAGAGUUAAGAAGUCUUAAUUUAGACUUCCUGCUGUGCUUUACCAUAAAAAUGCAGCUUUCUUUGGUCUCUAAAUCCAAAAAGCUUUUAGAUUUAUAUACUGUAUUCAGGUACUGCUGAAAAGGGAGGUGCAAAUGCUUAAGAAUUAUUUCCUUCCAAUAAGCUUUAGAUUUAAAUUGAGGCUGAGCAUCCAACAUCCUGAAGACUGCAUCUGCCCCUCCACCUAACCACCUGUGCAUCCCGUAGACCUUGGGAACCCCAGCUUUUAUUUUAUAUGUAAAUUUCUAGUGUUUAACAGUUGCAGAGAGGAGGUUAAAUCUUUGAUUGCAAAAAUAAUUGCUGAACUUGUGCACUUGAGUCAGACAAAUGCUGGUACAUCAUGAGCAGUGUGAUAGAUCUGUUGAUACAUAUUUACAAAUAAUUUGUUCUAAGUCCAGAUUUAAUGCCAGUGCUUGGUGUAUUGUUCCUCAUUUAGGUGAGGUCUAUGUUGGUUUUUGCAUUGAAGCAGUCCUACUUAAAUCAGGGUUGUCUUGCUGCUUAAAAGUAGUUUUGGCAGCAAGUUUGCAAGUAACUGCUGGGUAAUCUUUAUGAAGCUGAAGCACGGUAGCAUUGUGAGUGAAUGUACAACCUCUGCUGUUUUUCCAGUAUGGAGAGAGAUGGAUUUUCUUUGCUGGGAGGACAAAACCAGCUUCAGGCUCUCUGCAGUUUUAUCUGUCAUCCUGUUGCGAAAAACGCAAUAGUGAUUUUCUAAUGACAUCCCUUCUGUGUUUCAGUGUCAUAGAUUAGAAAGUGUGUGAUGUAGAGUAAAUAGAAUAUGCUGGAGUGUUUUGAUGUAUCUAAUUAAUAUUUUUGGGUUUAACCUUGAAUUAGCUCCCAUUAGAUCCUCUUGAAAAUAGGAAGAAAAAAAUAUUUGUAUGAAAGUUUGACCUGAAAUUACCGUCAUUAUUUUAGAUGCAGCAUAGCUCUUAUUUCCCGAAAAACUUUAUACUUGUUGUUAGCCAUAUUCUUGUAAUCACACCCCUCUGUCGCCAACUCUCCUUUUUUCUAAGAAGCCCUCAUUUUGUUAACUAGUUUAAAAUUUUGCCAAUAAAGAAAUGGAGUGCCAUUCUAUCCUAGUUAGUGGUUAUACUAGAACUUACAAAAUAAUAGAUUGUUGAGCUGCUUGUGUUCUGGGGGGGGGGGGGACAGCUUAGUUAAUUCCGAGGCAAUUAAAAUUUGGCUUACCCAGCCCUCUGAAUACCCAGACUUACUUCUCAGCUACCACCUACCCAGCCCCUUCCCUUAACCAUCAGUCCCUCAGCCUGACUUGCUUUGCAAGUAUGGCAGGUAGCAGCAGUGGGCUGUGGAGUUAGGCAGGGAAGAGAUUUCGUCAUGUCCCCUUUCUGGCCUAUGGUGCACUGCACAGCCACAAAUGGCUCUGGGGUACAGAGUUUUCCCAAGGGCUGCUGGAAGGGUGGAAUGCUUACCUCCCUUUCUUUCCUUAAAGCUGUAGCUAGCUGCUGCCACCUAUAUCAACACCAUAAAAAGGGCUGAAGGGAAGAGGGAUGUUGGGGUGUGCAUGUCUGUGGGCAGGUUCAAAAGACAGGAGUUGAGAGAAAUUUGAAUUAAAAUUUGAUCCGGAGAAGAAGUUGGGGGUUGCAAUUCUUUUUGUAAAUGAGCAUCACACAAUUUGGAGGAUGAGCCUCCUAAACCUUGUUCUUCCGAGCCAAGAAGUACAAGCUCAGCAACAUAACUUCUUCCAACGUGGGUGCCGUUUUUCAUGAAAGUAAGAUAAUUGAUGAAAUUUGAUUCAAAUUCCUGCUGAUUCUGAAAUCUGAUUCCUUAAAAUGAGUUACUCUUUAAGAAUUCUAAUUGGAGUAUGUAUUAGUGAAAAAUUCCAGGAAUCUUGUGUGGUGGUGACUGAAUUCACCUGUUUUCUAACAUUAAAAGUGCAACUUGCCUGAAACGGGAAAAUAACCAUUUAAAUCAAUAUUGUGCAUAUUUCAUAAUGCUUUGUCUGGUUUUAUUCAUCUGUCAAUAUGGUUGUAUCCAGACACCGGGCGUUGUACUCUUUUGGUGGUAGGGUGGGGGUAGCGUGUGUGCGUGAGAGAGAGAGAUGGCAGUGUUGUGGGCCUGUUUUACACUGGAGUGGUAUGUAGGUAUGUAUGCUUUAAUCUCUGUAAUAAAGAAGCUGCUUUUGAGUACUAUUUGCCACUUCUCAUGACAACAGAUUUUAUUAGAACCAUUAAUACAUUUUUUCAGUAUGAUUGUUUGCUAAGAAUGAAUGUUGAACUGUCCAUGUAGUUUGAUCAGCAUUUUAGUCUUUCACAUGUAUGUUUGGUAAAUAAUGCAAGUGAGCAUUCAACAAAUCUUGGUGUAAUAUCACAGCUACUUGCAAAAGCAAAUAACCUCCUUGAAGGGGUAUACCUUGAAAAAACAAAAAAAAACCCAGACACACCUCCUACCAUCAAAACAGUUUCUCCAUGGUAGAAUUGUGGAUAAAUUUCCGUACAGUUCAAGCAUAGUUCUCUACUUGUAAAUUUAGGCAGGGUCUCCCAAACUUGGGUCUUCUACUGUUUUUGAACUACAACUCCCAUCAUCCUUAGCUAGCAGGACCAGUGCUCAGGAAUGAUGGGAAUUGUAGUCUGAAAACAGCUGGAGACCUAAAUAUGAGAAACCCUGGUUUAGAGGAUACCAGUGCUGCUUAAGGCUUGUUAACUUAAUGUCUCACAUGACCAUCAACAGUGGGGGAUACUUACUUUUGUUUGGCACUCUUUAAGAGGGAGGGUAGGAUCAUUUAUUUUGGCCUUGUUUGCUAUCGUUAAAUAGGAAGAGCAGCAUGCUGGUGCACGUUGUUCAAAAGUUACAGUGAUGCCAGUUCCCCUGCUUUGAAAAACAAGCCUGAGCCCGGCUUGUUGUGUUGUCAAAACCUGGGCUUGUAGUUUGUUUCUCCUCAAAUAUACCAUGAGCAGUAAGUCAGGAACAAACCUUGGUUCCACUUGUGUGUUUGGGGGAAUCAAUCUGCAGGCACAGGCUUGGAUGACAAUGGCAAGCCAGACUGGCUUGUUUUAUCAAGUGGGGGAGGAGCUCAUUCACAUUAAACCAUAGGCAAAUUGGGCCAUUGUCUCAAAUUUCUGAAUGUUUGUGGAUCUGUUGAAGAAAAGGUUAUAUCCGAACCCUUAUACCCCCAUGUUUUAUCUAUUGUCUUUAAUUGCUUCCUGUCUGUGAUGCAGGAUGUGAUAAAAUACCUGAGGACCAUUCUGCCAAAUGUCACCCGUGUCCCCUUUGACAUGGCAAGAGGUAGCUUUUUAAUAUUCUCAGUGCUCCACAAAACUGUCAACUUUACUGAGCAGUAUAAAAAGAGGGUUUGUACAGUCUGACAAUGUUUUUCAUGUUUUAAUUUGUACUUGCUGGUUCCCCUGUAUUUUUGUUCAAUGCAUAGUAUGAGAAAUGGCUUCUUGAAUAGUGACAGACUGCAGCUGAACUUGCAGCUGAAUUCUGCCAAGCACUUGUCUCAUGUUUGGAUAUUAUAUUUUAGUGUGCCCUCUGAGAAAUGAAACUGUCAAAAUGGGCAGCUAAUUUGAGUAUAGCAGGGUGCUGCUAUUUUGGGACAUGAAGUUCAAUAACAUAUAUGUCAAAUGGCCCCAAGAUGAACUCUUGCCCCAUCCUUAAUGUUACUGUCCUCAGCGAGGCACAUCGGCUCUGAGGCCAUUGAGCUCUAUGGACCAUGUGAUGUGUGGAUAGAAAGAAAUGAAAUUGAACCUUUAACGGAAGGUUUUUAAAAAUCAUUGUUAAUAAUUGGAAUUUUCCUAUCAUUAAAUUAAAAGAAAGGAAUGAAUAACUCCUUUGCUGGAGGUGAGGAAAGUAAACAACUUAUCUGCUCUGUUUUUGUGCCUGCAAAUGUGCAUGGCUGCCCAACUGCUCAAGUUUGAGAUAGGAAUAGCUUCUGUUUUCAGCAUAGAUUUCAGGAGGCUAGGAUUCUACUCCUAGUCCCAGAUUUACAUCAGUUGUGAUACUGGGUAGUUCACAACUAUGGGCAGGAUCCAUAGUUACAUUAUCAAGGAUAUGCAUUGUAUGCAGAAAGUCCCAGGUAUAAUAGAGACAUCUAGUUAAAGGAACUCAAGCCGUGAGACCUCUACCUGAGAUCUGUUGCCAGAAUAGAAAAUACUGGGCUAGAUGAACCAAUGGUCUGACUCUGUAUAAUGUAGCUUCGUAUUUGCUCUAACUCAAAAUUUCAUAUGUAUACUUAGCUAUCUAUGAAGUUUGUUCAGUUGAUAAAAAGUUGCUAAGUGGGGUUUUUUAGCACAUAUGUUUGUAAGUACAAGUAUUAUAUUACAAAAACAUGAGCACUUUCUAGUUUAACACUGGAAGGAAUAUGGCUUAAUACCAUCUUUUGUAAUAACUUGUGAACACACAAAUGCACUUGUUUCCUCUUAAAUUACAAUUCCUUUUAUAUGCUCAGCCUCUCUAACCUCCUUCCCCAAUUCAGUGUAAAGGGCAAUGCGUAUACAAUGCAUUUAUUGGAAAUUAUAGCAAAUAAUUCAUUAAAACAACUAGUGUAAUAUUUACUGGGUGCUAAGGUAAUCUUAAUUGAUCCCUUGAGACCAUGGCCCAUUUUAAUGACCAUCGUUGAGGUUGAAUAAAGGCUCUGACUGCUGCUGCUUCAAGCAAUGCAAUUAUUGUUUGUAAAAAAUAUUUCAGGUUCCUAGCCUGGAGACUGUGGGACCAUGGAUUUCAUUGCUACUAUCAGUGGUGAAAAAAAUACUAAAAUGUGGGCUGAAAUUGGUAUGUAGUUAACUUUUGUAGAGGGAUUUCCUCUAUUACAUGCUAAUGUAUAUUACACAGUGUCGUGUAUUUAAUGUCACAAACAGUGCACAACAAAAACACAGUAUCAGAGUUAACUCGGAAUCUUUAAAGAUGGAGAAUUUUUAAGAUUUUAAAAUUAAAAAUGAAGAUAUUAAUGAAAAUGCAUAAUGAAUCCUACUGUCAUAAGCAUUGCCUAAAUGCCUAGGAUCUGUAACCUGUUUUGUUUUUAUUUACCACAUAAUCUCUAAAAGACCAUGCACUUCUCUUAAGUGCCCAGCACAGAAUGGGAAAUGGCAUCUGGAAUAUUUAAUAAAAUCUUCCCCAUCCCUU